AUCUCAAGAAUCAAGACCGUGGUAACCAUGCCCGGCUAAAUCGUCGCUACGGUCAUGUUUGUUAAACAAAAACAAACGCGUUCCGCCAUUUUGUGCGCUUCAUAUGAGAACAUUGAGAACGAGGCGGCGUUUUGUUAGCGUUGCGUACUUGUGUACUACACAACAUUGAGUUUAUCGUCAUUGAAAAAGUACGCGAACCUCAUCGAUCAUUUAGUUGUAUGACAACAAUAUAUUCCACGGGGACUAUGUAUUGUUGACGCUGAGACGUGCAAGACAUCGUUGUACUAUUUUUUUUAUAUUAUUUCGUCGCAGUCGUUACCUUAAACCGUCAAGCUGUCGACUAACGCGGUAUCGGAAAUGGCGUUGAGCACAACGACCAGCCAACCAGUACAGAACAACGUUCAAUCAUCACCGGGAACCGGGUGGCCUAGGCGCACUGCACCAGUCAAAUCAUCUACAUGCCCAUCGCUCAACAGACACAUAAAUUUGUAUCCUCUAUCAAAUUAUAAAUUUGGUACAAAAGAACCUUUAUUUGAAAAAGACCCAUCUGUACCAGCUAGAUUUCAACGAAUGCGUGAUGAAUUUGAAAAGAUUGGCAUGCGCCGUAGUGUUGAAGGCGUUUUAAUAGUUCAUAAGCAUGGGUUGCCGCAUGUUUUAUUAUUGCAAUUAGGCACAACAUUUUUUAAAUUGCCAGGUGGAGAACUUAACCCUGCAGAAGAUGAGGUUGAAGGACUUAAACGAUUACUAACUGAAACUUUAGGCAGACAAGAUGGUGUUCAGCCAGAAUGGACUGUUGAAGAUACCAUUGGCAAUUGGUGGCGACCCAACUUUGAACCUCCAACUUAUCCAUAUAUACCACCACACAUAACUAAACCCAAGGAACAUAAAAGACUUUUCUUAGUUCAGCUACCUGAUAAAGCAUUGUUUGCUGUGCCGAAAAAUUACAAAUUGGUGGCAGCCCCUUUGUUUGAGCUGUUUGAUAACGCUCAAGGAUAUGGAUCUAUUAUUUCCUCAUUGCCUCAAGCACUUGGAAGAUUCAACUUCAUUUAUAUGUAAUUUAGAACUUAGCUGUAGGAUAUUUUAAACAUUUGCUGCCCGUCAAUCGUGGAACAGAUUUUUCUACGAUUUAAUGUAAUUGUAAAGUAGAUUUAUUAUCAGUAAAUUGUAAUGAAUUGAGAAAUUGUCUGACCAUUUGAAACUAUUACAUACUAACGUCACCAUUUUAUGAAGUAUUAUAAUUUACAUAUAAACACCUAAUGUCUUAAAUUAUUAUUGUGGGCUUGUAAGUGAUUUAUAGCGAUUGAUUUUUGUAAAUUACUCAAUUACUCAUUAAUUACAGUUUGAUACUGUAUUAGAAUUUUAAAUAUCUAUUAAUUUUAUUUUCAUUAUCGUGUGUUGGUUAAUACAACAAACCAAAUUUUCUGUGCUGUAUUAUAAUAGUUUAUGUUACAGAUUUCUUGGUUAUUUUUGUACUGUAAUAAAAUUAGUAUUACACAUCAAAAUUGCUGUAUCGGUAUUUUAUUAGAAAAAACACUGUUUAUUUUUUUUCAUCUUCUAUAUUAAUUCAACGUAAUUAAUAUAAUAUUCUUUAAUCUUAUAGUUUUCAAUUUUGUAAUCAAUUUUAUGUGAUUAAAUGCCUUUUGACAAAUUUAUUUAUUAUUUUCAACAUUGUUUUAGUACUUUCUACUUAAGAAAAUACCUGGCCCAACAUUAAGAGGACAUCUCACCCACAUGUGUUGUCUUCGUCUUACACACGUACGACAUAGUAAAUUUUCAUUCACUAGUUUCAAUUAUGAGCAUUUUCAAAUAUUUAAUAAUUUCAUACUCAUAACUCACCUAAAAAUUAAAAUAUUGUAAAAAUCCAACGAGAGAACACAGAUAAUGUUCUUACCUAAAAGUUUGAUAAUAGGUCAUAUCACUAAAUAUUAAAACUAAUAGCAUACUAUUGAAACUGUUGAACGAAAAUUUAUUAUGUGGUACUUUUGUAAGACAGAGAGAAUAUGUGCGGGUGAGAUGUCCUCUUAAACAUAAUAAUUUGGUCAUGUUUCAUAAUUUAAAAAAAAAAUUGAUUGUUCAUUGUAAGUACACAAAUAUAUAUAAUUAUCAAUAUUUACUACUAUAUUUUAUACAAUAAACCUACAACCUACUUGUAAUUAUAUUUGUUGGUACUGUUAGUAAUGGCCCUGUUGUAUUGUAUGGGAUAUUAGGAUACUAAUAUAUAUUUUAUAAAUGAGA